CCCUCCCUCCCUCCUCUCCCGGGGAGCACGGGGUUGAGAUCAGCCGAGGGCUGGAGGAAGGAAAGCCGGGGAACUGAAAAGCGCCGCCUUUCCUGCGGUGAGGUCCAUGGCUGAAGGCGGUCGGUGGGAAAUGAGGCCCGGAGCGAGGGGCUGCGAGGCGACCUGCUGACCCGCAGCCUUCGUGGGCAGCGCCGGGAUGGGGAACAGCGGCUCGGCCGUGAAGGUGUGCGCCGAUCACCAGGGAGGCAUUAACUGGCUGAGCCUCAGCCCCGACGGGCAGCGACUGCUGACGGGCAGCGAGGACGGCACGGCGCGGCUCUGGAGCACAGCCGACAGCCAAUGCCACGGCCACUUCCAAGGACACGAGAGUUACAUCACCUUCUGCCACUUAGAAAACGAGGCUGCCUUCACGUGUAGCGCAGAUCACACCAUUCGAAAGUGGGACGUGGUGACAGGCCAGUGCGUGGCCAUUUACCGAGGGCACACGUCCAUUGUGAACAGGAUUCUGGUUGCCAAAGACUACCUGUUUAGUGGCUCCUAUGACAGGACAGCCCGCUGCUGGAGUGUGGACAAGGAGAAACAAAUCCAGGAAUUCCGGGGCCAUCGGAACUGUGUCCUGACUCUAGCUCACUAUUCCUCCAAGGACGUUCUUGAAGAGGAAGAGGAGGAAGAGGAGGAGGAGGAGAGAGUAAGCAGAGACCUCCUAGUGACAGGUAGCACGGACUGCACUGUAAAGGUCUGGUGGGUGUCCAGCGGGCGCUGUUACCAGACUCUGCUGGGACACACUGGGGCUGUCUUAUGCCUUAUACUUGACGCACCAAACAGGGAGCUGUUUUCUGGCAGCACGGACUAUACCAUUCGAACGUGGAAUAUUGUUACUGGUGAGCAGCUGAAAGUGUUCAAAGAGCAUCAAGGAUCGAUAAUUUGCCUAGAGCUGGUGAAUCGACACUUGUACUCGGGAAGCGCAGACAGGACAGUGAAGUGCUGGUUAGUGGACACUGGGGAGCGAAUCCAAACGUACAAGGCUCACAAACACAGCGUUAGCACUUUGAAAUACCACGCUGGGAUCUUGUUCACAGGGAGCGGUGAUGCCUGUGCACGAGCCUUCAAUUCCAGGAGUGGUGUCUUGCAGAAGAUCUUCCGUGGACACAAGUUCAUCAUCAACUGCAUCCAGAUCCACAAUGAGCUGCUGUACACAGCCUCCCACGACGGCACACUGAGGAUUUGGGACAUCCGGGGAAUAUGCAAGAGAAAUAAGAGGCGUUUGAAGAAGGAGAGAUGUGCCCAGGGCAGGAGCUCUCAGAAGGGAAGUCUGUCUCGUCUUUUCAACAAUAAGGUCGGCUGUAUGGUACAGCAAGAAAAUGGGGAACACGAGACUGUUGAACUAAUGUGACUGUCCACAACAGACUUUCUGCGAGUGACCAAAGCUGAAACUUCUGUUUUCUGCACCACUGUAUCCAUGCAAGCCACAACUUGGAAACAGAUGGGAGACGGCUUUGCUUGAACACUUCAAAGAGCCAAAGUUGUCUGUAGCUGUCACAUGGACUCCAUUCAUGUUGCUGCUCAGGAUGACUCUCAGCUGAGCACUUCUGGAGGCAGGAGGGACUGAGCAUGGUUUGGGUGACGCAUGGUUCGGGUGAUGUAUCAGCGAUGUGGCUGUGUCAUUAAGAACUUUAUUUACAGCUGCUUUUUUUUCCUGUUCUCCCUGACACAGAGGUGCUGCACACUUCCACCUGGCUGGUAUCUGAUGAGGAAUAUUUCCACCUGCCCCCGCUGCCCUCAGUUCAGCUGAAUAUCUGGGCAUGGCAUGGCAGGAACCAGGAGAGCGUGGCGGCACAUCUGGGACAGUGGCUAUGCAAUACCCCUGGGCAGCCAGGCUCGGCACUCAGUUCUGCGUGGUUCUUGUAUCCAGUGGGGAUUUCCAGUUGUGCUUCAUAGUGGGGGGUGUGAAAUAUGGGGAAGAGUUGCUGGAAACGUGUUGUCUUCGUUCCUUCUGUAGUUAUGCCUGGUCUUGGCUUGCUAGCAACAAUGGAUAAUGAGUUAAAUCCAAAAGUACUUCUCCCCAUCUUUCUCCAGGUUCAUCCCUUUCUGAUUGAUAACCACUGAGCCGUGAAUAAACAAAGGUUCUUCUAUUUUUCUAUUUGCAGAUAUAACCUUUUGUAGAACCAGUACAAAAAGUAUCUAACCACAUGUUUUUAUUUUUAUGGCUUUAUUUAUUCUGUACUGCAGCAAGAUACAAACGCUGUAAUUCUUUCGUAGAAAGGACCAAUAAACAUGUGGCAUCUACA